AUGGAUCAGAUCAUGGGGAAGGUGGGUGGGUACUGGUUCAGCCAGAAGGCCAACGCCAAUAUGAACGGCGCCGGCGAUGACCUCAACUCAGUCUCUAGCAGCAUUGGGGAUGGAGCUAAAUGGAUGGUCAACAAAAUAAAAGGGAAGAUGCAGAAACCACUGCCUGAAUUUCUCAAGGAACAUGACCUCCCAAUGGGCCUGUUCCCCCAGGAUGCGACCAACUACGAGCUGGCUGAAGACACAAAGCUGCUCACCGUGUACAUUACAUCUCCCUGCGAGGUGGGCUUCAAGGACUCGUCAGUCCUGAGGUUCUCCACCAACGUGACGGGUUACCUGGAGAAGGGAAAGCUGACCCACGUCGAGGGCCUCAAGACCAAGAUCCUGAUCUGGACCAAGGUGACGGAGGUCAGGGCCGAGGCCACCAAGGUGCACUUUGCCGCCGGCAUGAACAAGACCCGAAAUCGGGAUGCUUACGAGGUUGUCAGGGAUGGUGUCGUCGUAGACAAGUUCUAG